AUGGCGCCCGCCGCGCUAGUUGGCGCGCUGCGGCAAGGUGUGUGCUUGUCGCUGAAUGUCGGCGCACUCGAGCGCGCAAGUACUAGCGCGUGUCGUUCCGUCGGUACCCGCGCGCUCGCCGCUGCAGCAGCCUCGUCCGUGGCCGCUGACGCCAGGGGUUUGGAGCAGGGAGGCGCUCGUCUCUCCGUGCGUGCGGCAAGCCGUGCGGCACCAGGAGGCCCGCUUCAAGAGAAAAGUGGCGGCGGCGGCGACAGUAGCGAGGGUGCGGGCAUUGGGCGAGGGCGCAUCGCGGGGUGGGCGUGCAUCGAGCGAUGCGGCGCGUGUUGCCAGCUGGAUAAGGGCGAGCUGGCGCCGCCCAUCGAGACAAUUCUGCGCGACCCGAGCGAGCUGGCGGUGUACCGCAGCAUGGUGGGGGCGGACGGGUGGUGCCGGCACUACGACAAGGGCACUCGCACAUGCCGCAUAUACGACUCCCGCCCUCGCUUCUGCCGAGUGGAGGCGGACGUUUUUUGGGACCUGUACCGCAUUGCACCGCAUCAACUGGCAACCAUGGCGAGAAGUUUCUGCCGCGUAUCCAUCGCUGAUGUGUACGGGCCUCGCUCUGAUGAGAUGAGCCGAUUCAAAGCAGCCAAUGGAAAGAGGCCACGGGGUUCACAGCAGAGAUGA